AUGAUUGCUCACAAAAAGAAAAAGGCUAAGAAAAAACAUGUUUGGACAUCAGGCCAACUCUCUACUCAAGUAACGACUUCUGAAGUGGGGCCCCAGUCCAUAAGUUCCAGCUACUUUGAUCAGGACCACAUCAAGGAGGUGGUGAAUGAUAUCAGCAAGUUCACCCAUGUGCUGCGGUAUUUCAAAGAAGCUAUACUUUCAGACUGUUUUAAACAAUUUAUUCUUAUAAGUCUGGAUGAGCUUCUACAUGUUUUAAAGUCUGUAAUGAGUAAGCAUCAGAACCUCAAUUCUGUCGAUCUUCAAAAUGCUGCAGAAAUGCUUACUAGAAAAGUGAAAGCUGUGAAUUUCACAGAAGUUAAUGAAGACAACAAAAACGAUCUAUUCCAAGAAGUGUAUUCUUCAACUGAAACAUUGGCAUUUACCUUUAGGAAUAUCUUUACAAACUUCCUUAUGGAAGAUGUGGGCAAUGACGCAUUGUUACAACUGCCUGUUUCUCAGGAAAAUAAGUCUUUAGAAAACAUUUCUGUGGACUCAGUGGAGUCAUCCAAUGGAAAAGGAAAUUUUUCUCCUGUAGAAUUAGUCAAUGUGCUAUUAAAAAACACUGAUUCUAUUGAAUUGGCCUUGUCAUAUGCUAAAACUUGGUCAAAAUAUGCAAAGAACAUAGUAUCAUGGGUUGAAAAAAAGCUUAACCUGGAAAUUGAAUCUACCAGAAAUCUUGUAAAGUUGGCAGAAGCAACUAGAGCUAACAUUGCCCUAGAGGAGUUUAUGCCACUACAGUCUUUAUUUACCAGUGCUCUCCUCAGUGACAUAAAUAAUAGUCACCUUUUGCAACAAACAAAUGCAGCUCUCCAAGCCAACAAAUUUGUACAGCCUCUACUGGGGGGGAUAAAAAAAAUGGAAAAACAAAGGAAAGAUAUGAAGGAACUUUGGAAACAGGAACAAAAUAAAGUGCUCAAAACAGAAGCUGCUCUCAAAAAGGCAAUGUUGUUAUGCAUGCAACAUCAAGAUGAAUACGAAAAAGCAAAAUCUUCCAUUUUUCGUGCAGAGGAGGAGCAUCAGUGCUCAUGUGGUGGAUUAGCAAAAAAUCCAAACAAGCAACGAGAAAAAAAGCGAAAGUUGGAAGAGGAAGCACUUCAAAAAGUAGAAGAAGCAAAUGAACUCUACAAAGUUUGUGUAACUAAUGUUGAAGAAAGACGAAACGAUCUAGAAAACACCAAAAGAGAAAUUCUAACACAACUCAGGACACUUGUUUUCCAGUGUGAUCUUACCCUUAAAGCUGUAACAGUUAACCUCUUCCAGAUGCAGCACCUGCAGGCUGCCUCCCUUGCAAACAGUUUACAGUCUCUCUGUGAUAACGCCAAACUUUAUGAUCCAGGCCAAGAGUAUAGUGAAUCUGUGAAGGCUACAAAUUCAACUGAAGAAGAAAAAGUUGAUGGGAAUGUAAAUAAACCAUUAACAARUAGUUCCCAGAAGCCUAGAUGUGGCCCUGCUGAUGCUUUAGAGGAUGUUUUGCACCUUCCUGACAAUUGUAAUGAAACAGAAGAGGAAAGAUGCUCUAAGAAUGCAGACCUAACAGGUGCUUUUCACUCUGAAGAGAAUACAGGUAAUGGUAGCAACAAUUUUCUUUUAGGAGACUUUCAUCAAAAAGUUCCACAAACUCCAUCCAGUGGAACCAUGUCUUCUGCAGAUGAUUUAGAUGAAAGAGAGCCACCUUCCCCUUCAGAAGCUGGACCCAGUUCCCUUGAAGCAUUUAAGAAACCAUUGAUGUCAAAAGCAGCUGUUACUCAUAAGUUCCGAAAAUUGAGAUUCCCCACAGAAUGCAGAGAUUGUGAAGGCACUGUAAAUGUAUUCCAAGGUGUUGAAUGUGAAGAGUGUCUCCUUGUUUGUCAUCAACAGUGUUUGGAAAACUUAGUCAUCAUUUGUGGUCAUCAGAAACUUGUGGGAAAAAUAUACUUAUUUGGAGUAAAAUUCACACAUGUUGCAAAAAAGGAGCCAGAUGGCAUUCCUUUUAUACUCAAAAUUUGUGUCUCAGAGAUUGAAAAGAGAGCCUUGUGUUUACAGGGAAUUUAUCGUGAUAUUGGAAACAAAGCAAAAACUAAAAAACUGUUUCAAGCUUUGGAGAAUGGAAUGCAUUUGGUAGACCUUUCAGAAUUUCAUCCAAAUAACAUCUGUGACGUCUUAAAAUUAUACCUUCAACAGCUCCCAGAACCAUUGAUUUUAUUYCAAUUGUACAAGGAAUUUAUGAACCUUGCAAAAGAGAUCCAACAUGCUAAUGAAGAACAAGAAACCAACAAGGAUAAUCCCAAUGACAAAAAAUACCCAAAUAUGUGUUUAGAAAUAAGCCGAAUUCUUCUAAAAAGCAAGGACCUUCUAGGACAAUUGCCAACAUCAAAUUUUAACAGUCUUCAUUACCUUAUCAUACAUCUUAAGCAGGUAGUAGACCAUGCUGAAGAAAACAAGAUGACCUCCAGAGACUUGGGGGUGAUAUUUGCGCCCUGUCUUAUGAAGCAAAGGCCCACAGGUGUUCCCAUCACCAACGCCACCCUUGUUGAAUAUGUAAAUAAGACACGAUUAGUAGAGUUCCUCAUAACUUACUCACAGAAGAUCUUCAAUGGGUCCCUUCAGCUACAAGAUGUUACAUGUAAUACAGAUGUUGUUGCACCUCAGCUAAGCUGUCCUUCAAAACUUGUGAUAUCACCAAAAGAAAGAGAGAUACAACAUUCCAUGAAGUCACUAUAUUUUUCUUCAAAGGAAGAUAGCCACACUGCAAAUGGUGAAAGUGAAAAUUUUAAAUCAGCUACAUCAUUUGAGGAAUCAGAACGCAAGCAAAAUACAUUGGAAAAAUGUGAUGCAUGUCUCAUUGAUAACAAAGAACUUGAAUCAUCAUUUCAAAAGAUGGAUGAUAUUUGUGGAACCACUAAGCCACUUAUUCUGAAAUCUGAAGUGACAACAAACAAUAUGCAGAAGCACACACCAAGGACCAAGAUUAGGCCUGUAAAUUUGCCUGAAGAUGUAGUACUUCUUUCAAGCCCUCCUACUGAGAAAAACAGCAGAAAUGUGGGAAAUGUCAAUUCAGACAAGUUUUGCAAUAAUCCUACCUUUGRAGAACUUUAUAGAAAAGAUACCCCUACUACUGUAUGUUCCAAAUUUAAUGUCUUUGAUCAGCAGAUUCCACACAAAACUCGAGGACAACAACGUGAACAAAACAACUUAACUGCCAAGACUGCCAUGAUUGUGCCAAGUGCACUCCAGGAAAAAGUGACAUUGAGCGUUAGGAUCAGUGGUGACCAUUCCAGCAGUGCCACACAGCCCAACAUGCCAGCCARAUCAGCAAGAGAGGUGUCAGAGAGAGGGUCCUCCAAUUCUUGCCCUCUCACUCUUGCCAGAGCACCCAGAACAUUACAGCCCCUACACUGGACAACAUUUUACAAACCACAUACCCCCAGCAACAUCAGAGGGACUGAGGAGAGACCAGCUUCGCCCUCAGCAUCCACCCCUCCUAGCACAGCUGGUACUCCCCUGAGUCAUGUGGAGAAACCAGUUGCAGACGCAGACAGCACAUCAGCUUGUCCUUUGCAGCCAGGUGGUAAGCCUAAAGAGAACUCUGAGGAGCACAACCUGCCUGAUGUGAAUCCAACAUGCCAGAGACCCAGGCUAAAACGAAUGCAACAGUUUGAAUACCUUGAUGAUGAAAUCCCACAAUUUGUGUAG